CGCACGACAUCGGUGCGGUAGACUGCAGCGAAGCGAUUGGGCGAGAGAAGUAAACUGUAUUGUACAGUACAGAAAAAUACACCAGGCAACAACAAUAUCAAGGUGGAAAGAAACCAGAAUAGAAGCUUUACCUGUCAAAAGUCUUCGGGUAAGAACAUUUUAUUAUAUUCUGUUUUUUAAGUUAUCAAAUUGUUUCGUAUUGUCGCCAAGUUUUCCAAUGUCUCUAGCUAGAAUUGAUACAACAAUCGCGAAGAACACCCGAUACAACAGUAGCAUUUAAGCUAAUUUGGGUGUGUUUAGUAACAAGUUGUCAAUGUCGGUGUUAUCACAUUAGGCCCCGCUUCUCCCCGCGGUAAACAUAACUUUAUAUUGCGGUAUCUGGUAACGUUGCUACCAAUGACUGUGGAUAUGCUACCUUUGGACCAAGGCGCUGGAGAGAAUAGAGCAAGAACAAGAAGUUGUGUCUGUGUGUUUUAUAGCUAAACAAAUAAAGUUUAUUGGGCCAUCGACAGGGAAAUGUUAUUCAAACCUGAAACGAGACAAUGUGUUUGAGGUUUGAAUUAUUGUGUUUUAGUCACAAUACGUUUUAAAACAUUAAUAACGUGUUUGGUUGCAUCAUUUGUUAUUACUAUGUUAUUCUGAUAUAAUUAGGCUAAAUGACUGCCCAUGUAGGCUAGAUAGUGUUUUUCCAAGACAGUCUAUUCCUGUGUGUGUGUGUGUGUGUGUGUGUGUGUGUGAGGGUGAAAUCAAGGUUAAAGGUUUGUCUCAUUCAUUCAGUGUGUGACUGGCUGGGAUUUGAACUAACGGAGUUAGCCCCCUGAGUUAACCUGGACUCAGGGGCAGACCUAACAGAGUAAACAUAAAUCCGGGACACUCCAAUUAUACUGAAUAAAAAUAUAAACGCAACAUGCAACAAUUUCAACAAAUUUACAGAGUUACAGUUCAUAUAAGGAAAUCAGUCAAGUGAAAUAAAUUCAUUAGGCCCUAAUCUAUGGAUUUCACAACUGGGCAGGGGCGCAGCCAUGGGUGGGCCUGGAAGGGCAUAGCCCACCAACUGGGGAGCCAGGCACAGCCAAUCAGAAUGAGUUUUUCCCCACAAAAGGGCUUUCUUACAGACAGUAACACUCCUCAGUUUCAUCAGCUGUCCGGGAGGCUGGUCUCAGACAAUCCCGCAGGUAAAGAAGCCGGAUGUGGAGGUCCUGGGCUGGCCUGGUUACACGUGGUCUGUGGUUUUGAGGUCGGUUGGACGUACUGCCAAAUUCUCUAAACCGAUGUUGGAGGCGGCUUAUAGUAGAGAAAUGAAUAUUACAUUCUCUGGCAACAGCUCUGGUGGAUAUUCCUGCAGUCAGCGUGCCAAUUGCUAACUCCCUCAAAACUUGAGACAUCUGUGGCAUUGUGUUGUGUGACAAAACUGCACAUUUUAGAGUGGCCUUUUAUUGUCCCCAGCACAGGGUGCACCUGUGUAAUGAUCAUGCUCUUUAAUCAGCUUCUUGAUAUGCCACACCUGUCAGGUGAAUGGAUUAUCUUGGCAAAGGAGAAAUGCUCACUAACAGGGAUGUAAACAAAUUUGUGUACAACAUUUGAGAGAAAUAAGCCUUUUGUGUGUAUGGAACAUUUCUGGGAUAUUUUAUUUCAGCUCAUGAAACAUGGGACCAACACUUUACAUGUUGCGUUUAUAUUUUUGUUCAGUAUAGUAUGAUAUGUUACGUUUCUUAUGGUAUGUAUUAAUUUGUGGAUGUCCAUCACUCAUUUCAUAUGGUAUGUUACAAAUUACAAUUUGUUUGAUUGUUUUACGAAUUGCAGUUCGUACAAUACGUUAUGAAUUUGAAAAAUGUAUUAUGUUACAAAUUACAAUUUGUUGUGGCCAAUGUUAGCUAGGUGGCUAAUGCUAACGUUAGCUAGGUGGCUAACGUUAGCUAGGUUAGGGGUUAAGGUUAGGGGAAGGGUUAGCUAACAUGCUAAGUAGUUGCAAAGUAUCUAAAAAGUAGUUGCAAAUUAGCUAAAAUGCUAAAGUUGUCCUUAAUGAGAUUUGAACAGGCAACCUUUGGGUUGCUAGACUUUCCCGUUAUAUGGCCACCCUGAUCACCACCUUACUUUAGUUUUUGCCUUAACCAUACCAAACGUAACAUAUCAUACUAAAUUGAGUGUCCCGGAUUUACAUUUACUAUGUUGCAUCUAGUCUAUGAGACUAGGCUGAGUUAUCUCGAUUCAGGGUCUACUGUCAAGUGCAUUUGUGUAAUAAUGCUCUCUCUCUCUCUGCCUCUCGCCUUCUAUCUCUCUUUCCCUCCCUCUCUCCGCUCUCUCUCUCUCUGCCUCUCUUUCUAUCUAGGCUAUUUCUUUUUGUCUCUGUCUUCUAUGGUCCUGUCUAUCUAUCUAUCUCUCCCCCCAAUCUCUGGUCCUCUCUCUCUCUUAUUUCCCCCGUCUUUCCCAUUCCCUCCAUCUCUUCCCCCUCUCUCCUUCCCUCCUAUUUCUCUCCCUCUCCCCCCUCUUUCUCUCUCAACCUCUGUCUCUCUCUUUUCCCUCUCGCUCAUUCCUCUUUCUCGUUUCCUCUCUCUCUCUAGAUGUCACCAUUGCUCAGAUGUUCACUAUAUCAGACUGCAAAUCAGAACCCUCAGAGGUAGGAGAAACAGAAAAGGACAAAUCAGCUGCAGGACAGGGAAUGACUGGAGGCCCACUAGGCCACACCCUCACUGUACCUGAGAUGAGACUGGCAGGUGAGAUGCCACUAUCGGUCUUACUAGGUUCAUGUUCAAUAGGCAUCAAACGAAAGAAAACAGACUGAAACAGGGAGAGACUAGCUGGACUUGUCCAAUAAGAAACGCUGAUAGUCAGCCACCUUGGCCUUUCAUAAUGAACCUCAAUAACAAUCUACUGUCUUGUUGCUAUGGCUAUCCUCCCUUUCUCGAUCCUGCCUCUCUACCCUCUCUUUCACUACCUCUCUGCUUAGCACUCAGCAAAAAGGAGAUAGAUUGGGGUUAAGGCCCUGCGAUAGAGUAGCAUCCUGUCCAGUAGGUGUACUUGUACAUCAAGCUGCCUCACGCUACACAAACAGGAGAUAGGCUCCUACCCUAUGGGCUGUUCUGGCUCAGACGGACAAGGCUUACAUACCUCUCGCUCCACUCCCCCUAUUCUCUCUCUCCUGUAGGAGAGGGUCGGUUGAGGUUGAAUUCAGAGUCCCAGGCCUUCUCUACGUCCCGUGGGAAGAGGAAUGGGGAGCUCCAGGGAAGGGGGCCAGGGGUGGACGGCAUUCCCACAGAUGGAGCACCUUUUCGGGUUCGCUCCCAGUCGGCCCCCCCUGCCCUCUGGGCGGCUAAGAGAUACGGACGGCAGCUCCGACGAAUGAGUGACGAGUUUGAUACGUGGCUGGAUAAAGGGGUGAGGAGAGGUUGCUGAGGGACAGAGGGUUGAAGGGGUGAGAAGGGUUAGGGGGAGAGAGGGGGGCAGGAAGGAGGUUAGAGAGGGGGGCAGGAAGGGGUGAGAGGACUGGCUAGGGGAGAGAGGGGGGAGGAAGGGGGGAGGAGGGGCUAUGGGGGACAGCGAAGGAGGGGGAUAGAUGUGAUGCUUUAAUCUUGUGUCAAAAACAUUUCAAUUACUAGAACCCCAAAAUAACCUGCUUACUUUCUUUCUUUCUUUUUCUCCCUCGCCUACCCAUACCCUUUAACCAUACCCUCUAUCUCAUAACCCCUGAUCCUUAACCUCUAACCCCUGACCUCUAUAGGAGAUGAAGCAGUUGAAGAGUGUUGGAGCAGCCAAACAGAUGACACAGUCCCCCAGCUGGUGGGCCUACCUGUUCAGUCAUCAGGAGACAGAGACAGAACACAGCCCUAACCUGACCGCUCCCGAACCACGAUAAUCUGGGUAGAGACAGACGGAUGGAGGGAGAGGAAGGAGAGAGAGAGAGAGAGAGAGAGAGAGAGAGAGAGAGAGAGAGAGAGAGAGAGAGAGAGAGAGAGAGAGAGAGAGAGCAGGUGGGCCUACCUGUUUGGACAGCAGGAGACAGAGACAGAACACAGCUCUAACCUGACUGCUACUGAACCAUGGUCAUCAGAAUAGAGAGAGUGAUGGAGGGAAGAGGAAGGAGAGAGAG